CACUUCACCCUCACUUUUUCUUCCCAAAAAAUCCCUCGUCCCUUAGCCUUUUUCCCUUCGUUUCCCACUGCCGCUAGGCCUCCUCCUCUUCUUGUGAAGAACAAUUUAGUCUGCUGUUUGAGGCACGAACUACUCUUCUUGAAGAGAAGAGAAGAAAAGGCGUUGGUCAUUAGGGUUUCAAACCACAAAAAGUGUGUUUGGGAUAGAAAAUAAAAGGAUGGGAAAGCGAUUUGGCGGCGGCCGUUCCCCCUCCGCCUCCUCCUCCGUGCUUAGCCACAAGAUUCUCCGCCGUCGGCUCCAGUCGUGCCAGCACGCUCACUCCACCGUCGAUGAAAUCGUAGAGCACCUUCGAACUAACUACCCUGAUUACAAGCGCAUCAAGCAACAACCUUUCACCAGGGCUGUCCAACAAGCUCUUCAAUCCUUUUCAAAAAACCCCAAAAAGCCAUCUCUUUCCGCUUGUGAUUUCAACUUUGAUGAUGAUAAUGAUGAACAUGAACAUGCCGUUUCACCUUCUUCUUCACCUUCAUGGAAGAAGGUUAGGAGAAGCGAUGGGACUGAAGAAAGGUUACAACGUAUGGAGGAUUUGCACAUUCAAAGGAGACAAAUACAGCACCGCUCCAACUCCGAGUCAAACUCGGACCCAUCUUCAUCAUCGGAAGAAGAAGAAGAUGGGGCAGUUUCAACUUCGGAAGAUGCCAUUUAUGCCGAGAAAGAAGAACCCAAGUUUGAUUUAAUGAAAUCAAUGCUAAGACAAGGUUAUACUCAGUCCAACAAAACAAAACAAAAGCCUGAAGUGAAAAACAUUGAAAUGGAGGUUGCAACUGAUAAGCCUGACAAGAAGAUUGCUAUGAAUAAUGAAGGUGGGACUGCAAUCCAAGAGAGUGCCGAGCUGAAAAAACAAACAAAGCCUUCAGCUUUUGCAGGUGCUGCUGAUGGUGUGGAGGUCAACAGGAAGGAGGGGCCAAGGUUCAGGGAUUUAGGUGGCAUGGGAGGAGUAUUGGAGGAGUUGAAGAUGGAAGUCAUAGUGCCUCUUUACCAUCCACAUUUGCCACGGUGGUUGGGAGUCAAGCCAAUGGCUGGCAUUUUGCUACAUGGCCCGCCUGGCUGUGGCAAGACCAAAUUGGCCCAUGCCAUUGCCAAUGAAACUGGUGUUCCUUUCUAUAAAAUUUCAGCUACCGAGGUGGUUUCUGGUGUCUCAGGUGCAUCAGAAGAAAAUAUCAGGGAGCUCUUCUUGAAAGCAUAUAGGACUGCUCCAUCAAUUGUAUUCAUUGAUGAGAUUGAUGCCAUUGCAUCUAAAAGAGAAAAUCUGCAAAGGGAGAUGGAGCGCCGAAUUGUCACACAGUUAAUGACUUGUAUGGAUGAGUCUCAUAGACUUGUGCAGCCAAGUGAUAAAGAGUCAAGUUUGGAGAGCUCUGAUUCCAAGCCUGGUUACGUCCUUGUAAUUGGAGCUACCAAUAGACCUGAUGCUGUGGACCCUGCACUACGGAGGCCUGGACGAUUUGAUCGAGAGAUUGUUCUUGGUGUUCCAGAUGAAAAUGCUAGGCGUGAGAUCCUUUCUGUGCUUACACGCAAUCUUAGACUUGAAGGUUCUUUUGAUCUUUGGAAAAUAGCUAGGGCUACACCUGGGUUUGUUGGAGCAGAUUUGGCUGCCUUGGCUAACAAGGCUGGUAAUCUUGCCAUGAAGAGAAUCAUAGACCAAAGAAAGCAUGAGUUUUCUAGAGAAUCUAUAGAUGAGGAACAAGCUGAUCAGUGGUGGAGGCGGCCUUGGUUGCCUGAGGAGAUGGAAAAACUGACAAUCACUAUGGCUGAUUUUGAGGAAGCAGCCAAAAUGGUUCAACCUUCAUCUAGAAGAGAGGGAUUCUCCACAAUUCCAAAUGUUAAGUGGGAGGAUGUUGGUGGUCUUGAUUUCCUAAGGCAGGAGUUUGACCGUUACAUAGUUAGGAGCAUAAAAUUUCCCGAGGAUUAUGCGGAAUUUGGAGUGGACUUAGAGACAGGAUUUUUGCUUUAUGGACCACCAGGCUGUGGUAAAACAUUGAUUGCAAAGGCUGUUGCUAAUGAGGCUGGAGCCAAUUUCAUUCACAUUAAGGGCCCUGAACUUUUGAAUAAAUAUGUUGGAGAAAGUGAAAUGGCAGUUCGGACAUUAUUCAGCCGUGCCAGGACAUGUUCACCAUGCAUACUAUUUUUUGAUGAGGUGGAUGCUUUGACCACAAAACGUGGGAAAGAGGGGGGAUGGGUUGUUGAGCGACUUCUGAACCAGUUACUCAUUGAGUUAGAUGGUGCAGAUCAGCGGCGUGGUGUUUAUGUCAUUGGUGCCACUAAUAGACCUGAGGUGAUGGAUUGUGCCAUCUUACGGCCUGGUAGGUUUGGUAAACUUCUCUAUGUACCUCUUCCCAGUCCAGAUGAACGUGGGUUAAUCUUAAAAGCCCUCGCUAGGAAGAAGCCAAUAGAUGCCAGUGUGGAUUUGAGUGCCAUUGGACAUAUGGAGGCUUGCGAAAAUUUAAGUGGGGCUGAUCUUUCUGCACUGAUGAAUGAAGCUGCAAUGGCUGCUUUGGAAGAGAAACUCACUUCAACUGGGAUCUCUGAGACUUCAUGGACAAUCAAGACAUUCCAUUUUGAACGAGCACUGAGUAAAAUCUCACCCUCAGUCUCCGAUAAGCAAAAACAAUUCUAUAAGGCAUUGUCAGAGAGCUUCAAAGCUGGUUGAGAAUAGACAAUCCCCAUUGAUGUACCAUUACAGGAGCUGUUAUUGAUGUCUGAUAUUCAACACCUGAGAAUUGCAGGAUCAAAGCAGCCAUUCUCAACGUUAAGAUGUGUCUGAAUUGUUCAAUGUAUUCUGUUCGUAUGUUUCUUUUUUACCCCUAAUAUUGAGUGUUAAAUGAAGCUUGCUUCUCUUUUUAUGAGGGAAAAAAAUUUUGUGCCAACAGAUUAAAACUUGGUUAGCUGCAGUUGUUUGCGGGAAAUACAGUGGAGAAACGUGUAGUUAUCCAUUUUAAGCAAUGCAAAGGGAAUUGGUUUAUAAGUUCACCCCUUUUAAUGUAAAACAAUAAUAAGUAAUGUCUUGUAUUUAUCUUCCAAUUCAUAUAUUUGUAUUGUAUUUUUUAUAUUAAAU